UGACCUCCUGGGGCUUCUCUUUGCUCUCGGGGCCCAGGACACCCCCCCAAGCAGGUGGCCCCAAGCAGGGCCCAGGGGCCCUGGGCGACCUCUCUCCUCUUCCGCUCCCCUGGACGCCACGACCCUCUCUGCACUGCCCGCGGAGCUCCAGCUCCAGCCGUCCCUCAGCCCUCUCGGACCCGACGUCCAGCAGAGCUCCGCAGCUCGCCCCCAAGCGCCCCUUCCCCAGGCCCCAGGGGCCCUGUCCUUCGCUGCGCAGUCACCCACGGCCCCAGCCCCGUAUCUGCUCUGGAUUCCAGACUCUUUGGAUUCACCGGUUCCGCCUCCCUCCUCCCCCCGCCCUUCGCCCGGCCCAGAGCAGGAAGUCAGAGCCCGGUCCGGUCGAAGCCGGGGCUCACUGAGCCGAAGGUCACCCCGGGACGGCCCUUCCGCGUCUGGGGCCGGACACCGCGCCCGCGGGCCCGGGACGCGCAGAGCAGAGCCGGGGCGGGACUCAGCAGUCCCCCCCACCCCAACCUGGGCUCCCGUGGGGGCGUGGGCCGCCCACCCUAGCCCGCCGCUCGCUCGCUCCCGCCUCCGCCGGGGCGGCGCACGCUCGUGCACGUCUGGCCCGGAACCCAGAGGCAGAGGCCGAGGAGGAAGAGGAGGAGGAGGAGGAGGAGAAGAAGCAAAGGUCCGAUCUGAGGGAUCGGAUUGGAAAAUUGAAGGGAGUCCCAGCGGUGCAGACGCGAACGACUGGGCUGGGGCCGCCAGGAUGAAGGAGGUGGAGAAGCUAGAAAGCCUUCGAGAAGACUGGGUUUGUGAGUCUGGCGCCGAAGGGCAGCCCCUCCAUGGUGGCCAGGCCAAAAGCUGCGAGCUGCUCUUCGACAGCCUCUUGGAGGAAGCCCAGAAGGUUGGCACUGAGUGCUUGCCCUCCGCCGACAGAAGACAGGCUGAUGUAAGCAUUAAGCUCUGGAAGAACGGGUUCACCGUGAACGAUGAGUUCCGCAGUUAUGGGGACGGGGCCAGCCAGCAGUUCCUGAACGCCAUCAGGAAGGGGGAGCUGCCCCUGGAGCUGCAGGGCAUGUUUGACAAGGAGGAGGUGGACGUGAAGGUGGAGGACAAGAAGAAGGAGGUCUAUGUGUCCAAGAAGCCCGCCUUCCAGCCCUUCUCAGGGCUGGGCCACCGGCUGGGGAGCGCUACCCCGAGAAUAGUUUCCAGGGUAAGCAGUGGGGACUCCGGGCACCCGAAGCCUCCGAGUUCUGUCCCCUUGAAUCCCUCGGAGCCCAUCACCAGCGUCCAGAUCUGGCUCGCCGAUGGGAAGAGGCUCGUGCAGAGGUUCAAUGUGUCCCACAGGGUGAGCCACGUCCGGGACUUCAUCCGGAAGUACGAAGGCCCCCAGGGGAGUCGGCCCUUCGCGCUGGUCACUGCCCUUCCGGGCCUCAGGCUGCUGGACGACGCCCUCACGCUGGAGGAGGCGGAGCUGCAGAACGCCGUGGUCAUCCAGAGGCGCCAGGCCCCUCACGCCGCCCUCCAGGGCCUGUCCUAGCCCCGGAGCCACUGGCGGGGGGCCCCUGGCCCGCCUGAGCUCUGGCAGACGCUCUCCGGCACCUCCCGGCCCUUUCCUCCCCAAGAUCGUGGCCGGGAGCCGGGAGCGGCGGGGUGCGGCUGGACGGCGGGAAGCAGAUGGACGGCGGGAAGCAGAUGGACGGCGCAGGUCUUAGGUCCGGCCCGUUCUAGGUGACUCUUGGAAAUGGUAGAUGCUUCCUCUUCUCCUGGCCCUGGGCCCGAGCCUCGGGUCCAACAAGCUCCCUGUGGUGUCCCUCUGCCCCCACAAGGGGCCGCUCCUCAGGGUCCCCCUCUGCCCGCCCAUCAAACAGGCCGGCUCCUGUCUGGACCUCCAGGGGGCGCGGUGGCUGAGCUCCCUGCCCCCCCCCCCCAGGUUCUUUCUUUGUGGCGACUCUAAGUGUGAGCAAUUAAGUCAGAGAAAGAAACAGGAGCUGAGCCCCCAAACGGCCGAGGCCCCUCCCUCCUUUGCAGGGAGCCCCACAUGGCGCAGGCUCUUGUGGGCUUCGUGCUCCUGGAAAAUGCUGCAAGGGACCCCGAGCCUUCCUCCUGUCCCGUCCAUCCCGCACCCGCAGCAUGGCUCGCCCUUCCUUACAUUGCUGAGAACCCCCAGAAACCCUCAGGGGAGCAGCGCUUUGCUCCCGGCGUAUAGGACAGCGGGCGCCCCCAAGCCCCCGUGCCAGGUCCCUCGGGGAUGUGGAGGAGGCCGCCUUGCUGGAGGACCUGCCACAGCCCUGGCGGUUGGUUCCCGCUCCGCUCGGCAGUUUGUUCCCUCCCUCGGCAUUGGCAGAAUGCCCGGGGACGGGCAGGAGCUCCUCGGGAGGAGGGAGCGCCCGCUGGCCGGCCCUCAGGGGGAGUGGGGCUCUGAGCCUCCGGCGGGAACCCCCUGGAACUGCGCAGACCACUCCCACCCGGGCUCGAGAGCCGCCCGUGGGUCCGAAUCGGGAGGAGGAGUUAAAGCCCAUCGAGCUUCCAGUGCACCGGGCGGACCCACCACGGGACCACGUGGGCUGGACAGGGAGCGGCCCCUGCCGGGCCUUGGGGACCUCGCCCUUCCAUCUCGGAAGGCCCCGUGAGACCCUUUGCAGCGCAGCGGCCGCGAGGAGCAGGGGGCGGACUUCAGUGCCUUAAAGCGUUUAGGACGACGGUCACCGGGAAGGCAUCGGGGAUGUCCCUUCAGUCCGGAAGGGCUCGUCGGGAAGUGAUCCCCACGUGGGCUUCUGACGCGGCCGCGGCCUCCCCCUCUCCUCGGCCAUCGUUGGGUGUGGAGACUCGGUGUUCUAAAUAAAGUUAGGAAACUGC